CCGGGAGAAAGGCGGCGGGAGCGGCAGCGGCAGCAGCAGCUUUAUUUCGCUCCCAGGCUGUAGCAGGUUUCUCCUUUUCCUUGGAAUGAUGAUCAGCCACUGAAGACAGGCACUUCAUUUCCAUUCCAUACAAGGUAAAAGAAUACUCUUGUUCAGUUGCCAUGCCAAACGCCAGCGAACAGGGAGGACAUUUAAAAAAAUCAUCACAAGUGAUGUUGAUGAGAUUCUUUCUUGCCUUUGAAGAAUUGAUAUUCUGAUGACUCUUCUCUCUUAGUUAAAAAAAAUAUAUAUGUGUGUGUAUAUAUAUAUAUAUACAUAUAUAUAUAUAUAUAUACAUAUAUAUAUAUACAUAUAUGUAUUUACACACAGAGAUAGACAAUAAAGAAAAACGAAACCACCAACUGGCAAAACACAACCCUUCGAGAAGUCCUCCUCUGCAUUUGAUGUGGUAGCAACCUCUCCCUGCUUAUUUAUGCUGUAAAUAAAAAUGUAAUUACUAUGGUACCAGGCUUCCUGGUAAGGCUCAUCAACACUUGCCUGUGAGUGGACAUGAGUGAUCCACGACAGUCCCAGGAAGAGACGCGCCAGUUCAGCAGAGCCUCUUCAAAGUUUAAGGAUUCGCCACGCACCAUGCAGUCAGAUGAUUAUUUUGCUCGAAAAUUUAAGGCUUUGAAUGGUAACAUGGGGCCUCCUACAUCUUUGAAUGUUUCGAAUGUCAGUGAAAGUGGGGGUCCAGCGAAUGGCACGCCAGCUAUGCCCAAAAUGGGCGUUAGAGCAAGGGUAUCUGAAUGGCCUCCUAAGAAGGACUGCUCUAAGGAGAUAAGUUGCAAGGCAUUGUGGGAGAGUCGAUCACAAGCCACUUAUGAAACUGCGGUUGCAGCGGCAGUCAUGCAGAAUGGACAGAAUGAUCAGGGUGACGGGCAGCAAGAGGAACAGCUUGAUAUAGAAUUUGCAGAAACCAAGUACACAAUAGGAGAUAUCUUUAUCCAUUCUCCACAGAGAGGAGGCCUUCACCCCAUAAGGCAGAGAAGCAAUAGCGAUGUCACCAUCAGUGACAUAGAUGCUGAAGAUGUCUUAGACCAGAACGCUGUUAACCCCAAUACGGGGGCAGCCCUACACAGGGAAUAUGGAAGCACUUCUUCAAUUGAUAGGCAAGGUUUAUCAGGGGAAAACUUUUUUGCAAUGCUCAGAGGGUAUAGAGUAGACAAUUAUGAACACAAAGCUCUCGCCCCAUUUGGCUUUCCUGAGUUUUUCCACUGUGACCCUACAAUCUCUCCCAGUCUUCAUGCCGCGGCACAGAUUUCCAGAGGAGAAUUUGUCCGUAUCUCAGGGUUAGAAUAUAUGGACAAUGCCCUGCUGAUGGGAAGAGACAGGGAAAAGAACUUUAAACGCAGAUUAAAAUCAGAGUCAGUGGAAACAUCUCUUUUCCGUAAGCUGCGAACUGUCAAAAGUGAGCAUGAAACUUUCAAAUUCACAUCCGAUCUGGAGGAGAGUCGGCUUGAGAGGAGCAUUCGCCCAUGGAAUUGUCAGAAGUGUUUUGCACAUUAUGAUGUCCAGAGCAUUUUGUUUAAUAUCAAUGAAGCCAUGGCUACCAGGGCAAAUGUGGGGAAAAGAAAGAAUAUAACCACUGGUGCUUCAGCAGCAUCACAGACUCAGAUGACGACAGGCCAGGCAGGAAACUGUGAAUCUCCUUUGGGAAGCAAGGAGGAUCUCAACUCCAAGGAGAACCUCGAUGCAGAUGAGGGGGAUGGGAAAAGCAAUGACCUUGUGCUGAGUUGUCCCUAUUUCAGGAAUGAGACAGGUGGGGAGGGAGACAGAAGGAUUGCACUUUCUAGGGCGAACUCAGCUUCUUCCACUACAGGUGAAAGCUGUUCCUUUGAGUCCUCCCUCAGCUCCCACUGCACAAAUGCAGGUGUUUCGGUUUUGGAGGUGCCAAGAGAAAACCAGCCAAUUCAUAGAGAGAAAGUGAAACGUUACAUCAUAGAACACAUUGACCUUGGAGCCUACUAUUAUCGGAAAUUUUUCUUUGGGAAAGAACAUCAAAACUACUUUGGAAUAGAUGAAAAUCUGGGCCCUGUCGCAAUCAGCAUCCGGAGAGAGAAGCUUGAAGAAGCUAAGGAAAAAGAAGGCUCCCAAUUCAACUAUCGAGUAGCUUUCAGGACCAGUGAGCUUACAACGCUUAGAGGAGCAAUUUUAGAAGAUGCCAUACCUUCCACCGCGAGGCACGGCACUGCACGAGGACUGCCUCUCAAAGAGGUUCUAGAGUACGUCAUUCCUGAGCUGAGCAUUCAGUGCCUAAGGCAGGCUUUGAACUCCCCCAAAGUCCCUGAACAGUUACUCAAGCUUGAUGAACAAGGGUUGAGCUUUCAGCACAAGAUUGGGAUCCUUUAUUGCAAAGCGGGCCAGGGCACCGAGGAAGAGAUGUAUAACAAUGAGACAGCAGGACCUGCUUUUGAAGAAUUCCUGGAUCUUCUAGGCCAGAGAGUACGGCUGAAAGGUUUUAGCAAAUACCGAGCUCAGCUAGAUACUAAAACUGAUUCUACGGGAACCCAUUCUCUCUAUACCACCUAUAAAGAUUAUGAAGUAAUGUUUCAUGUGUCAACUAUGCUACCCUAUAUGCCCAAUAACAGGCAACAGCUCCUAAGGAAAAGGCACAUAGGAAAUGACAUCGUUACCAUUGUCUUCCAAGAGCCUGGAGCACUUCCUUUUACUCCAAAAAAUAUCCGAUCUCAGUUUCAGCACGUCUUUGUUAUUGUCAAGGUGCACAAUCCCUGCACUGAAAAUGUGUGUUAUAGUGUUGGAGUUUCAAGAUCAAAAGAUGUACCACCAUUUGGUCCACCAAUUCCCAAAGGCGUGACUUUUCCGAAAUCAGCCGUUUUUAGGGACUUCCUAUUAGCCAAAGUGAUCAACGCUGAGAAUUCCGCCCACAAGUCAGAAAAGUUCCGGGCUAUGGCUACCCGAACAAGGCAGGAAUACUUGAAAGAUCUGGCAGAAAACUUUGUCACUACAGCUACAGUGGAUACCUCCGUCAAGUUCAGUUUCAUUACAUUAGGUGCAAAGAAAAAGGAGAAAGUAAAACCAAGGAAGGAUGCUCAUCUGUACAGUGUCGGGGCUAUCAUGUGGAAUGUCAUAGCACGAGACUUUGGCCGCUCUGCAGACAUUGAAUGUCUCCUAGGAAUCUCCAAUGAAUUUAUCAUGCUGAUUGAAAAGGAGUCUAAGAACGUCGUGUUUAACUGUUCCUGCAGAGAUGUUAUUGGAUGGACAUCUGGAUUAAUGAGCAUCAAAGUGUUUUAUGAAAGAGGAGAAUGUAUUCUUCUGUCUACAGUGGAUAAUUGUACUGAUGAUAUAAGGGAAAUUGUUCAGAGAUUAGGAAUAGUGACCCGAGGAUGUGAAACUGUGGAGAUGACAUUGCGGAGGAAUGGGCUGGGCCAGCUUGGCUUCCACGUCAACUUUGAAGGAAUUGUAGCCGAUGUGGAACCCUUUGGCUUUGCCUGGAAGGCUGGCCUACGCCAAGGCAGCCGCCUUGUUGAGAUCUGCAAAGUAGCUGUCGCCACCCUGACUCAUGAGCAGAUGAUUGAUCUGUUACGUACUUCUGUGACAGUCAAGGUAGUCAUCAUUCAGCCUCAUGAGGAUGGAUCUCCCCGAAGGGGUUGUUCUGAGCUCUGCCGAAUCCCGAUGGUAGAAUAUAAACUUGACAGUGAAGGUACCCCCUGUGAGUACAAAACCCCUUUCAGGAGGAAUACGACUUGGCAUCGGGUCCCUACGCCUGCUGGGCAGCCUCUGUCUCGUGCCUCCCCAAUCCUGGGAACAUCUGACCGGCUGCCCUGCCAGCAGCUUCUCCAGCAGGCUCAGACAGCUAUUCCUCGCAGCACGUCCUUUGACAGAAAGUUGCCAGAUGGCACGAGUCAACAUUGCAGAAGUUCCCCGAGCAACCAGUCAUCUUCCAGUGACCCAGGACCCAGCGGGAGUAGCCACUGGAGACAGCAAGUGGGAUAUGACGGGUGCCAGUCUCCUCUACUUCAUGAACACCAGAGUUCCGGUCCACUGGAGUGUGAAGGAGCCAGGGAGCGAGAAGAAAUUAUGGAAGGAACUAGACUUUCUGAAACCAAGUGGCAUGGACCACCUUCCAAAGUCUUGAGUUCCUAUAAAGAGAGAGCCCUACAGAAAGAUGGAAGUUGCAAAGACUCCCCGAAUAAGCUUUCUCAUAUUGGAGAUAAAAAUUGUUCCAGUCAUUCUAGCAGUAAUACACUCUCAAGUAACACGUCCAGCAACAGUGACGACAAGCACUUUGGUUCUGGAGACCUCAUGGACCCUGAAUUGCUGGGAUUAACCUAUAUUAAAGGGGCCUCCACCGACAGUGGCAUUGAUACAACCCCCUGCAUGUCCACUUCAAUGAUGGGCCCUCUGCAUCUGACAGGCAGCAGGUCCAUGAUGCACAGUAGGGCAGAACAGUGGGCUGACUCUGCGGAAGUGCCUGGCCCUGAAGAGGAGCCGACUAAGCUCUAUGCUGUUCACAGCUAUCCAUCUGCCAUCUCUGUCAGUAACACAGCAGAAGGCAGCAUGGGUGACCUCAGUGAAAUAUCUUCUCAUUCCAGCGGUUCGCACCAUUCAGGAAGCCCCUCAACGCACUGUUCUAAAAAUAGUGGAUCUUUGGACACCUCCAAAGUCUACAUAGUCUCACACAGUAGUGGCCAACAGGUUCCUGGGUCAGUGUCCAAAUCCUAUCACAGGCAAGGAGCAGUCAGCAAAUAUGUUAUUGGUUGGAAGAAAUCCGAAGGCAGCCCCACACCCGAAGAGUCUGAAGUAAAUGAAUGUCAGGGAAUGUAUAGUGAUAUGGAAGCCAUGUCUGCAUCAAGUCCACAUCAGACCGUGGUGGAGGAUGCAGUUUCUGAAACCCAACAUGUCCUGUCCAAAGAAGACUUUUUGAAGUUAAUGCUUCCCGGCAGCCCUUUGGUGGAGGAGGGCCGAAGAAAGUUUUCAUUUUAUGGGAACCUCUCUCCAAGAAGGUCCCUGUACCGCACACUCUCCGAUGAAAGUAUAUGCAGUAACCGCAGAGGAUCUUCCUAUGGCAGCUCGCGGAGUUCCAUCCUUGAUCAGGCCCUGCCCAAUGACAUUCUCUUCAGCACCACCCCACCCUACCAUAGCACGCUCCCUCCUAGGACCAACCCAGCACCAGGCAUGGGAAGCCUGAGAAAUGAGUUCUGGCUCUCCGAUGGGUCCUUAUCGGAUAAGUCCAAAUUCACUGAUCCGGGUCUGAUGCCCCUCCCAGACACUGCCACAGGGUUAGAUUGGUCCAACCUUGUGGAUGCUGCACGGGCAUUUGAAGGUCUUGACUCAGAUGAAGAGCUUGGUCUGGUCUGUCACCACACGGCCUAUCUAGAUCAGAGAGUAGCAUCCUUCUGCACCCUGACAGAUAUGCAACAUAUGCAGGGCUUGGAGGGAACCCAAGAGUUAUCUUUAUGUGUAGACCCAGCCAAUGGGAAAGAUUUCAUGGAUACAGAUGGAGAGCGUUCUCCAUCAACUUUGACUGGAAAAGUCAAUCAGCUAGAAUUGAUUCUUCGACAACUUCAGACUGACCUCCGAAAGGAAAAACAAGACAAGGCCGUACUCCAGGCCGAAGUUCAGCACUUGAGACAGGACAACAUGAGACUUCAGGAAGAGUCCCAAACAGCAGCGGCUCAGCUGAGAAAAUUCACAGAAUGGUUUUUCAAUACCAUCGAUAAGAAACCUUAACUUCUAGAUAUCUAGCCAGGAACAGUGCGCUGUUGGCGCUCCUAUCCAUUUGAAGUAGCAAAAUCUGAUUUUUAACUGUGCUUACAGUCAGUUUUUAGAUGUUUCCGCUAUUUCUGCUCUGUCCAACACCAUUCAUCCAGGCAAGAUGUGGGGGUGGGAGUGGGGGUGGGGGGGCAGGGAAUGGUAGCCUUCUUAGGAUGACAGAAAGCAGCAGACAUGAGUGUGGAGAUGAAUGUCAUUCCUGGCUUGAAGAUGAAUGUAAUUCCCGGUGUCAGUUUAGCUUCUCGUUUAAAUUUACUAAUACGGUGCUUGGGCUUACCUCAGGAGGGAAGACGGUUUAGGUUUGAUUUCCUGUGUUCAGAUGACCUGGUUGGAGAAGUUAAAGCAAUCUACAGUAACUUGGGCUUCAGUAUUGUAAGAUAAAGAUUAAAAAACAAAUAACCAGACAUAUACUUUAAAGUUAAAAGGUGCUCUAUUUUUUUGGCUGUACAGUAGUUCAAUUUCCACAAUCACAUUGUCAUAGCAAUAAGAAUGGAGGUAUAGUGAAUAGUCACAAAAGCUGUGUUGAAAAAUCAAAAGUUAGCACUGAUGUGUUUAACACUAGGUUGGAUGCAGUUACAUUAGAGAUUUAUUUAUUUGCAGGAACAAAUGGUGCCUGAAUAUUAACAGUGUUUUGAUUUUUUUUUUUUAAGCUACACAUGCCUUGUAAAUGGCUCACUGGGUAGUCUGCUUCAACUCUUAGCUCACUUUUGUAUAGUUCCUUCACUGCGGGGAAAAGACAAGUACAAUACCACUUACUUAUGAGAAACUCACAUAUGGUGUGAGCCAGCAAGAUUUCGUUGUCCAAUGCCAAAAUUUGUUUAUCUUUGUACAGAAGCUUUCAUCAAGUGUCUUGUAUUUAACACCCUUAUUUAAGCUUAUUUAACCUUAAAAUGUUAAUUUUAUAAAGUUUGAUUUUAUCUGCACUAUGAUGAUGAGGGCAGUUAGCAGCAAGCUCGAAAAUCACUGAACUUGCUAAGGCGACUUGAGGAGUUGAGAGAAAAUUCUAACAAUUGGAUGCUGCUAGUAUACAAUUUGUUUGUUACUGCUUUACCAUUUUUAAUUGUUUUAUUUGAGAGAAACAUACCUUUUGCUUUUUUAAUAAAUGUUUUAAAAAAUCAACAAA